AUGCGUUUCCAAACUUUACUUACAGUCGCUUCCUUGGCGUCUAGCAUUACAGCUGCGCCAGCACUACAACACCAUAAACAUAAACGUGAUGCAGUUACACAAACUGUUCAAGCACAAGUCACAGUGGUUGUAGGUGCCAAUAAUGCAGGUGCAGUACUACAAGAAGCUGACGUCCUUGCUCAUACUACUAAUGCCGCAACAACAACUACUGCUACGCCUGUCGUCGAUACACCAACCACGACUACCUCUACUACGAAUGUUGCUAACGUUGCAACUACUUCAACUUUGGCACCAAGUCCGGCUUCAACAACUACAACGGAUUCCUCUUCCUCUACCUCUUCUUCUGGUUCAUCUUCAGGUUCUGACGUUUCUGCGUCCGGAUUCAAAGGUAUCACUUACUCUCCUUACAACAGUGAUGGGUCGUGCAAAUCUACGUCACAAGUUGCCUCAGAUUUUGCCAAAUUAUCUGAUUACGGCGUGAUUAGACUAUACGGUGUUGAUUGUAAUCAAGUUGAAAAUGUUCUACAAGCUAAAUCAUCUAGUCAGAAACUUUUCCUAGGUAUUUACUACGUUGACCAAAUUCAAUCCGGUGUUGAUACUAUCAAGAAUGCUAUCAGCACUUACGGUUCCUGGAAUGAUGUUACUACUGUCUCGAUCGGUAACGAAUUAGUUAAUGGUGGCCAAGCUACUGCAUCUCAGGUCGGUUCUUACAUUUCAACAGGUAGAUCUGCUUUAACUUCAGCUGGAUACACAGGUCCAGUUGUUUCCGUCGAUACAUUUAUUGCCGUUAUCAAUAACCCUGAACUAUGUAACUACUCUGAUUAUAUGGCCGUCAAUGCCCAUGCUUACUUUGAUCAAAACACUGCGGCCGCUGAUUCUGGUACAUGGCUUUUGAACCAAAUUCAAAGAGUAUGGACUGCUUGUGAUGGUAAAAAAGAUGUCGUCAUUACUGAAUCUGGAUGGCCAACAAAGGGUGAAACUUAUGGUCUUGCUGUUCCAUCUACUGAGAAUCAAGAAGCUGCUAUUUCUUCUAUUAAGAACUCCUGUGGUUCCUCGACUUUCUUAUUCAACGCUUACAACGAUUUAUGGAAGGCAGAUGGUGAAUAUGGUGUAGAAAAAUACUGGGGUGUUUAUGGUGAUGCUUGA